AUGAAGUGUCUCCUUUUCUCAUGUGUGCUCCUCGCCUCGUACGUUGCAGCACACAUGCAGUUACUCAACCCGCUCCCAAUUAGGAGCCCGUUAAACACAGCCAACAAUGGACCCAAAGACUAUUCCUAUACCAAUCCCCUAUCUGCGAGCGGCUCGGAUUUUCCUUGUAAGGGCUAUGCUAAUGACCCCUUCCAGUCCGUUGCGGAUUACACUGCUGGAAAAACAUAUGAACUGGCCAUUACCGGCAGCGCCACCCACGGUGGAGGUUCUUGUCAGAUUUCUCUGUCUUACGACAAGGGCAAGAGCUUCCAUGUUAUUCAUUCGAUGCUUGGCGGCUGUCCUCUGAAGCAGUCGUACAACUUCCAGAUCCCCACUGAUGCCCCGUCCGGACAGGCAUUGCUGGUGUGGACUUGGUUCAACAAGAUUGGCAACCGUGAGAUGUACAUGAACUGCGCUCAAGUCACCAUCCAUGGCGGCAAGACUCGUGAACACCCUCGUGAUUUGUCUGCAAAGUCUCCCACUCGUACUCCCUUCAACAACCUUCCCUCUAUUUUUGUGGCCAAUGUCAACGUCAACAACAGACCUUGCUCGACCAUCGAGGGCGAAGAAGUCAACUUCCCCGAACCUGGAGACAGUGUUGAGGGCAAGCUGUCUGGUCAGGGUUUCACGUGCAAGCGCAGCGCUGCUGAGGAUUCUCUUGAUGUCAAGGAAGCUCUCCCUCCGCACUCGGCUACAGCAUUGCAGCCGAAAAGUCUUACACCUACUACUAGGAUUCCCAAGCCUGGACCUUGGCAUACCUCACAUUCUAUUUCCAAGUCUGAGCACCAUUCUCACCAUGCUACUGGCACUUCUAAGCCAGGACAUCCUACAUCUUGUGUUUCGAAUUCUGGUCACCAUUCGCAUCACACUGGGACGGCUUCGCAGCCCGGACGUCCCAUACCUUCUGUUACGACUUACUUGUCGCUCCCUAGCCAUUGGACUACCAUCGGUGACCACAACCACAACUAA